CGGAGUAAUCAUGCCUGUACGAAGAGGUCACGUUGCACCACAAAAUACAUUUCUUGGAAUAAUAAUACGGAAAUUCGAGGGACAGAAUAGGAAAUUUCUUAUAGCCAAUGCCCGGGUGCAGAACUGUGCAAUCAUCUACUGUAAUGACGGCUUCUGUGAGAUGACCGGCUACUCCAGACCGGACGUCAUGCAGAAACCUUGCACCUGUGACUUCCUCCACGGCGAGCACACUAGCACACACGCCGUCAGCCAGGUGGCACAAGCUCUGAUGGGCUCAGAGGAGCGCAAGGUGGAAAUCACAUAUCAUCGCAAAGAUGGGUCGGACUUCCAGUGCUACACUCACAUAAUCCCCGUGAAGAACGAGGAAGGCAUAGUGAUGUUAUUCAUUCUCAACUUUGAUUACGUCCUUGAGGAAAAAAGCAACGACUCCACAGAGAAGCUGAAUCACACAUCCCCGGAAAGAACAGAUUUCCGAAAAGGCAGAUUCUUCCGCUUCCGCCAGGCUGCCUUGAGCCUGGUAUCCAACAAACAGUCUCUUCCACAAGACGACCCAGAUGCAGUCACGGUGGACUGUCCCUCGCCCAAUCAGAACAAGGGCUCUGUGUCUCCGACCGAUUUCCAGUCCUCCCCCACCAAGGAAAAGUGCAGUCCCACGGAGGGCAACGACACGCGGGCUCUCAUCGGCUCCAGCCACCAAUCGUCCCUGGCCAGUGUGCGUGGACACGAACCCCUGGACCAUUCCUCUCCCAAGCAGCACCCGUGGGACAGGCUGUACCAAAUGGAGGGCCACCAGUCAACCACCUGCCUUGCACACACCAUUUCCAGAGGCAGCCUCAGUGAGGGCAGCAUGAGGCGAGCCUCUUCCGUCCAUGACAUAGAGGGCUUUAGCAACUCCAAGAACAUGUUCAGGGACCGACACGCAAGUGAAGACAAUGGUCGCUAUAUCAGAGGUCCGUUAAAUCAUCUUAAGUCCAGUUUGCUGGGUUCCACCUCUGAAUCCAACAUCAACAAAUACAGUACCAUCAACAAGAUUCCGCUGAUUGCACUAAACUUCACAGAGCGGAGUAAUGACAAUAAGGCGCAAUCUCCCCCAUCAUCAGAAAACACUAUCAUAGCACCCAAGGUCAAGGACAGAACGCAUAAUGUUACUGAGAAAGUCACACAGGUGCUGUCAUUGGGUGCUGAUGUCCUUCCAGAGUACAAGCUCCAGACUCCCCGCAUGGACAGGUUCACCAUCCUCCACUACAGUCCAUUCAAAGCUAUGUGGGACUGGCUGAUCCUGCUUCUGGUCAUCUACACAGCCAUCCUCACUCCAUACUCCGCUGCUUUCCUACUCAAUGACCGUGAGGAGCAAAUGAGGAGAGAGUGUGGCUACUCCUGCAAUCCCCUCAACGUGGUAGACUUCUUGGUGGACAUCAUGUUCAUUGUGGACAUUGUUAUCAACUUCCGGACCACUUACGUGAACCUGAACGAAGAAGUGGUCAGCCAGCCAGCAAAGAUCGCCAUUCACUAUUUCAAAGGCUGGUUCCUUAUAGACAUGGUGGCUGCAAUCCCUUUUGACCUGCUUAUCUUCGGUUCAGGAUCAGAUGAGACCACAACUCUGAUUGGCCUGUUGAAGACAGCGCGACUGCUGCGAUUGGUGCGCGUGGCCCGGAAACUGGACCGUUACUCUGAAUAUGGAGCAGCCGUUCUCAUGCUACUCAUGUGCAUCUUUGCACUCAUCGCUCACUGGCUUGCCUGCAUAUGGUACGCCAUCGGCAAUGUGGAGAAGCCUUACCUGGAACACAAGAUUGGUUGGCUGGAUAAUCUGGGCGUGUCUAUUGGCAAGAGGUAUAACUACAGUGACCCCAGCUCGGGGCCCUCCAUCAAGGACAAAUAUGUCACAGCACUUUACUUCACGUUCAGCAGUCUGACCAGUGUGGGCUUUGGAAACGUCUCCCCGAAUACCAACUCUGAAAAAAUCUUCUCCAUUUGUGUCAUGCUGAUUGGCUCACUCAUGUAUGCCAGCAUCUUUGGUAACGUCUCAGCCAUCAUCCAGCGUCUGUAUUCAGGAACGGCCCGAUACCACACCCAGAUGCUCCGGGUUAGAGAGUUCAUCCGAUUCCACCAGAUUCCGAACCCGCUAAAGCAGCGUCUGGAGGAGUACUUCCAACACUCCUGGACCUACACCAAUGGCAUUGACAUGAACACGGUGUUAAAAGGCUUCCCUGAGUGUCUGCAGGCAGAUAUUUGCCUCCAUCUCAACCAGGCUCUGUUGGAGAGCUGCAAGGCAUUUCACGGUGCCACUAAGGGCUGUCUGAGAGCCCUGGCCAUGCGCUUCCAGACCACACACGCCCCACCAGGGGACACCUUGGUUCACUGUGGUGACGUCCUCACUGCACUUUACUUCCUGUCUCGUGGCUCCAUAGAGAUCCUGAAGGAUGACAUUGUGGUGGCCAUUCUGGGAAAGAAUGACAUCUUCGGAGAAAUGAUCCAUCUGUACGCCAAGCCUGGGAAGUCCAACGCGGACGUCAGAGCCCUAAGCUAUUGUGACCUGCAUACCAUACAGAGAGAAGAUCUGUUAGAGGUGCUUGACAUGUACCCAGAGUUUGCUGACUUCUUCCUGACAAAUCUUGAGCUGACAUUCAACCUCAGAGACGAGAAUAGCAAGGCUGCAUAUUCUCAUGCCAGUGAUUCUGAUCCGGAGGAAGAUGUUAAGUGCACAAAGACCAGAAGAAGGAUCUCCUUCACAUCACAUCCAAUGACUAAAGGCGGAAGUAACAAGGAAAUGGACACCUCUGGGAGGGAGAGGGACACCUACUCGUGCCUAAAGAGAACUUCAGUUGACCUGAAACCCUCGGGGAAGGAAGAGCAGAGGUCCCUGGGGUCGGCGUUCCAGGGGUGUCCCUCAGUGAAAGGCUCUUCACUGGGGCUCAACUCCAAUCACACCGGAGAUGUUCAGGCUAGAGACAGUGUGGAGAGAACUCCCUCCUAUGAUGUCAACAUUGAUCUGUGCAACGACAAAUGGACCUGCGAGAAGCCCAGAGACCACCUGGAUGAGUCAGCACAUUUGCAAGACCUGAGGGGUGAGGACGACAACGCGAGUGAAAUCACAUACGGAGAGGUGGAGCAGCGCUUAGAUCAGCUCCAAGAACACUUAAAUAGACUGGAGUCCCAGAUGACAUCAGAUAUUCAGACCAUCCUGCAGCUCUUGCAGAGGCAGUCUACCCUGGGACCUCCAGCCUACAGCGCUGUGACUGCUAGCUCAGACUAUCAAAGGCCUGCUGUUAGGGUCCAGCCAAUAGCAGCUUUGACCACCAGCCAGUGCUUCAGCCACUCUUUACAAGUAUGUACUGAGAUGUUGAUUUCGACAGAACAAACAAACAAUGGAAAUCAAGGAAGUCCUGAACUCAACUUGGAGAAGAGCCAUCAGGAAUCCAAAGACUUGUUGUCAGGUUUGGCUCACAAUGACUCGCCCAUAGAGGACAGCCUUACAGUACUGCUUGUACAGAGACAAAGACAAACAUACAAGAAACCCACAGGGCAUCAGCAUUCUGAAUCGCUCCAUCUUUCAAUUGAGGACAGCGCUCCACCAUUAGACCCGUCCUCUCCCGACAACACCGGACUCCACAGGCCAGUCUCUGACCCAGGACCUCCAAGGCAAUAGAGCUAGAUCUCUUCCUUCUGUUUGCCUGUCUUCUCUGAAGUGUGACUCAGGGUUUCAUUGACUAAUUAUUGCAUUGCAAUAUGUGAACAAUCUGGUAGUUUUCCUCCUAAAACGAUCUGCAUUUUUAAUGAUGUACAGUAUCUCACAAAGGUGAGUACACCCCUCACAUUUUUGUUAAUAUUUGAUUAUACCUUUUCA